ACUCACUCCACCCCCAGUCCCCAGUCCCCAGUCCCCACUGCUCCACUGGAAACAGGAACAGAAUCCUCCUCUGUCAUGACUUUGAUUGAUGCAUCAUCAAAUAUCAACCUGCUUUUGGGCCCUACCUUAUCUGAUUUUCCGGCAUCAACUGUGCCAAACGCCUAACGCCGUCGAACCCAACUUCCAUCUCCUCUAUCGUCCCAUUGCACCGUUACCAUACAUAUUAUCAUCUCUCCACUCUCCAGUCUCCACCCUCAACCUGCACUGUCAUUUUUGUAAUUACUUCACAUGUUGAGCCGUUUUCCUUAACUCCCUACUUUAAAUCCCCACACCAUUCCCUUUCCUCUCUCUCUCAGAGUCUCCUCAUACGCACACCCACCAUGGCCAUGGCGUCUUUGGCCUGGUCGUCUUGCUUCACUUUUCUUCUUCUUCUUCUUCUUCUUCUUCUUCUUCACUGUCUAUCAGUUCUUGCCAAACAGACGUACAUUGUUCACAUGAAACAUCAUCUCAAGCCCUUAUCCUACGCUACCCACCACGACUGGUACUCCGCCCAACUCCAAUCUCUAUCUUCUUCUGGUUCCUCUACCUUGCUCUAUACCUACUCCACUGCCUAUCACGGUUUCGCCGCCUCACUCGACCCCGACCAAGUUGAGGCACUCCGCCUAUCUGCCUCCGUCCUUGGUGUCUACCAGGAUUCCAUUUACACUCUCCACACCACUCGUACCCCAGAAUUCCUAGGCCUCGACACCGACUUGAGCUUGUGGGCCGGCCACCGUACCCAAGAUUUGGACCAAGCCACCAAGGAUGUCAUCAUCGGCAUCCUGGACACCGGUGUUUGGCCCGAGUCUAAGAGUUUCGAUGACUCCGGAAUGCCCCAGGUACCUUCUCGAUGGCGUGGCGAGUGCGAGUCCGCCCCCGACUUCAGCCCAUCUCUUUGCAACAAGAAACUCAUCGGCGCCCGCAGCUUCUCCAAGGGUUACCGCAUGGCCUCCGGUGCGAGUUACAGUAAGAAACCGAAAGAGACGGAGUCUCCCCGGGACCGAGACGGCCACGGUACCCACACGGCCAGUACGGCGGCCGGGUCACACGUAGCGAACGCAAGCCUUCUCGGAUAUGCUUCCGGCACAGCCCGUGGGAUGGCGACAAGGGCGCGCGUGGCCACUUAUAAGGUUUGUUGGAGCACAGGUUGUUUCGGUUCGGACAUACUUGCCGGAAUGGAUCAGGCCAUCGCCGACGGUGUGGAUGUUCUAUCACUCUCCCUUGGGGGUGGUUCCGCACCUUACUACCGCGACACCAUCGCCAUCGGAGCGUUCACGGCCAUGGAGAUGGGAAUUUUUGUCUCCUGCUCCGCUGGUAACAGUGGGCCAAGUCGAGCAUCACUUGCCAAUGUUGCUCCGUGGAUAGCGACCGUUGGUGCUGGGACACUCGACCGGGAUUUCCCAGCUUACGCCCAUCUCGGUAACGGUAAGCGGUUCUCCGGCGUGUCACUCUACAGUGGAAAGGGAAUGGGAACGAAACCGGUUAGUUUGUUCUACGGCAAGGGGAACGAGACGAGCAACUUGUGCUUGCCUGGUUCGCUUGAACCGGAACUGGUUCGCGGGAAGGUAGUACUCUGCGACCGGGGUAUUAGUGCGCGAGUAGAGAAGGGUGCGGUAGUUCGUGAUGCGGGCGGAUUGGGCAUGAUACUGGCGAACACGGCGGCCAGCGGCGAAGAGCUUGUGGCGGACAGCCAUUUGCUUCCGGCGGUUGCAGUGGGGAGGAAGGUAGGGGAUAUGAUCAGGGAGUAUGCAAGAUCAGAUCCGAAUCCGAUGGCUGUGCUGAGUUUUGGUGGGACAGUACUGAAUGUAACGCCAUCACCAGUAGUCGCAGCAUUUAGUUCGAGAGGACCAAACGUGGUAACACCCCAGAUACUGAAGCCGGAUCUGAUUGGACCUGGAGUGAACAUAUUAGCAGCUUGGUCUGAAUCGGUCGGACCCACUGGUCUGGUGAAAGAUACAAGGAAGACCGGGUUCAACAUCAUGUCUGGUACAUCGAUGUCGUGUCCACACAUAAGUGGGGUGGCCGCGUUGCUGAAGGCGGCCCACCCAAAUUGGAGCCCCAGUGCCAUCAAGUCGGCCCUUAUGACCACCGCCUACACCCGUGACAACACCAAAUCCCCUCUUCGUGAUGCAGCUGGUGGAGCAAUCUCCAACCCGUGGGCCCAUGGGUCGGGACAUGUGGACCCACAGAAGGCGCUGUCUCCAGGGCUGGUGUACGACGCCACACCUGAGGACUAUAUCGCAUUCCUCUGCUCCUUGGACUAUAGUAUAGCCCAAAUCCAGAUGAUCACCAAGCGGCCCAAUAUCACCUGCUCCCGGCGGUUUGCAGACCCGGGUCACCUAAACUAUCCAUCCUUCUCUGUACUGUUCAGUGCCGAAACGAGAAUGGUCCGAUACACGCGAGAGUUGACUAAUGUGGGGCCGGCUGGGUCAGUGUAUGAUGUGAGUGUUAGUGGGCCAGCGAGCGUGGGAAUAACGGUGAAGCCCAGGAGGCUGGUGUUCAGAGAGGUUGGGGAGAAGCAGAAAUACAGCGUGAUGUUUGUGGCAAGGAAGGAGGGCACAGGUGGGAGGAGGGUGGGGACGACGGCAUUUGGCUGGCUUAGCUGGAGCAACGCUCAGCACCAAGUGCGAAGCCCCAUUUCAUAUGAAUGGUCACACCCGUGAGUCGCGUGUGGGUGCUGGCGAUGGAUUUGUUGUUUGCUUGAUAGGUGAGCUGGUGAGGGUCUCUCUUGAGACGUAAAGGAUUUGGCAGGUAGAGCAGGACAGCAAUGAAGAUGAGGAAUCCAAUGGACGGUUUUUUGCUCUUUCUGUCCGUCUCUCAGACCCUAUGACUGAUAUGCAAUCAACAAAGGAAAAGAAAAAAAAAAAAAAAAAUCUGACCGAGUGGGAAGCUGUCUGGUUGGUACAAAAUCUACAUUCGCUCGAGUUAGUUGUAUGCUCUGUACGUUAUCAACAAAACAAGAAAAAGAUUACUAACCUAAUUAGUCUACCAAAUGAAGUUCUCCCUCUCUCUACUGUCUUCCUCUCUGAAACAGGCACACACUAUCUAUCAUAUAUGUGUUACGUCUCCUUGCCUCAAGGCUUAUUUCGAUGUUUUGAAGUUGAGACAGUUUUUUUAUGAAAUCUGAUUUGAUGAUUGUGUGAGGGUGUAUGGACUCACACUACUACUUUAUCUCAA